AUGCCCGUCAAAGGUUCUGACAUCAUCAUUAUCCUCGUCGCCAUCCUCUUCCCCCCGGCUGCGGCGGCCAUGAUCACCGGCUGCAGCUGUGAUCUUCUCAUCAACAUCCUGUUGACCGUCUUGGGUUAUCUUCCCGGCCAUAUCCACGCCUUCUGGCUCAUCUACAAGCGCAUCAAGGCCGAGGAAGCGUACGGCCAUGGUGGCUAUACCUACUUGGGCAACGGCAAUUUUGUUGGAGGCGCUGGUGGCCACCCCGGUGCGCCCGUCGGAGCUGCUCCUGCUCAGCAGCCGUACUAUGGCUCCACUGGCCGUUAA